AUGGAGAUCUUUGGUCGAAGUAAAGCAAAAGGAAAACGACGUCCAGACCCGAUUGCUUCUCCACGUCCAACAGCAAGUUCAAGCACCACCAACUCCUCUUCCAGCCGCAUCUAUUCAUCAUCGCCACCCAGUCCUUCUUCGCAUCCAAUCGGAUCCAGCAUUCAUAGUUCAACAGCCUCCAAUGCAUCGGUAGACGACUAUUUCUCAGGACAUGGUGAAGCAUCCAGUCGAAGUUCACAGUCAACCACCUUCACCUACUCGUUUAUGAGCAGCACAGAUAGCAUGAGCGACUUGUUGCAUCCCGAAUCAUUGACGGAUACCGAGAUUGAGACACGUUUUGAAAAGAUGUUGACGCGUCGAGGUAUUAAUGAUACGAAUGCACGCAACGUCAUGGUCAAUUUUCCUAUCGAGAAGAAACGAUUGAUGGUGAUUCAAGAUAUUCAAGCUGAAGCAGGUGCUCUUCUUGGCUCAACACCCGUGGCAUCUCGAAAAGGUGGAGGAGGAGACAAGGAUGGCGAGAAAAAGGGGCCCGAGUAUUAUGUCAAGAAGCUAUCGGAACCGGAUCUCAAAGGUAUUCAAGCAAAGACAUUGGCACACUUGAGUGUUAGCUUGCGUACCAUGCCUCUCAGUUGGGUACGACAAUUCAUCAAUAUGCGUGGCAUGCAAAUCAUGACGGCAGCACUAGGUGUCAUCAAUAAGAGACACAAGCGUGAUCCUGAAUUACAAGUUGAAUCUGAAAUCCUGCGAUGUUUCAAAGCUUUAUUGAACAACACUGUUGGUGUUCGUGAAGCACUCAAGAGCCCACAAUGUGUGCAAGAAAUUGUAUAUUCCCUCCUUUCUCCCUCAGUCAACAACCGGCGUUUGGUAUGCGAGGUGCUUGUAUUCCUUUGCUAUUACAAGGUGCCCAUUGGCCAAGAACUCGUGCUUAAAGCUAUGGACAAAUUACGAGAUGCUCGUAAAGGAUAUGGGCGAUUUGAUGCAUGGUUCAAGGGGAUGCAGCGUUCAUUGGAUGGACGUGGUCGAAUGGGAAGUAUGGUCGGCGCAAGUGAUGAUUACAAGCGUCUUGGUCUUCAUGGCAGUACAGCAGACAAUCAGCUUGCCGAAUAUGCGCUUUGCAAUGUCUUAUUGGUGAAUGCGAUUAUCAAUGUGGUUGAGGAUGUCGAGACACGUAUACACCUACGCAAUCAGAUGAAUGCAUCAGGCUUGGAACGGCUUAUGGAUCAAAUGACAGAGCUUAACAGCGACCCGAUCGACAUCCAAGUGCGUGAAUACAAGUUGCUUGCUGAGAAUGAUCAGGAUGAUAUCCUUGAAAUGUACAAUGAGCGAGUAUUACGUGACCUCAAUGAUCCGCAUGAUGUCUUCGAAUGCGUGCUGGCAAGCGUAGAAGGUACUCGCAGCUACGACUUUUUCCUCAGCUGUAUGCAACACAUCUUGUUGAUCCGUGAUGAAGGCGAACUCAAGGCACGCUAUUUCCAAGUGAUUGACAACCUCAUUACUCAAGUCGUCUUGGAUCAUAAAGGAACGGUGGAAGAUUUUUCAUCUACGUACGGCACAUCAGUACAGCAUUUGAUGGAUAAGUUCGCCGAUCAAGAUCAGCUACAAACAACACUCGAGGAUCUUAACAGCUUGCAAGAAUUGUAUGAUGAAAUCGUGAUUGAACGUGAUGAAUUGCUGCAGCAGCUUGAAGAAAAAGGUGGAGGAGGAGGUCACGAGCUUACACAGCUACGAGAAAAGACGGUAUCACUAGAAGAUUUAUUGCGCAUGUCACGUCACACGAUAUCGACAUUGCAGCAAAAGCUUCGUGAUUUGCAAACCAACUAUGAGAAAGAUCUCGAAGGAAUGCAGAAUCAGCUUGACAUGUUUCACAAGAUUGUUGCCGAGUUUCAGGAUGAGGAUGGUGAUGAGGAUGGUGAUAUUGUUAUUCCUCGUAAGGAUUUUGCCAAAGCGUUUGGUCGUAUCAAGGCACAAGAAUCUCUUGAAGGCAAAGGGCCAAGAGAAAGUAUGGAAGAGAGUGAUGAUCAACCCAAAUCGCCUGCAUCAUCGUUCAAGGAUGACCAAGAAAAGUACAAAUCCAUGGCUAUCAGCUUGUCUGAAGAAUUCAAGAACCAGCUUGCAAUGCAAUUUGGAUCAAGUAGCGGUUUGGCGGACUUUGUUGUUCCAGGUGCAGCACCUCUAGUUGGAUCAUCAUCACGUUGGGCCAAUGCUCGUCGACGACAAGCUCGAAAGGCGAGUCAAGAUCAGAGUAUCAAGGAAGAAUCGGAUAGUACAAGCGGGCUUGUCUCUCCUAGCAGUGUAACAUCACCCACCAUGACAAUUCAAGAAGAACUCAAAGCUACCUUUGCAUCCUUUGGAAGAAGGUCAUCGACAAGCAGCAAUGGCAGUAGUAGCAGUGAUGGCAGCCUUGAAAACGCGACAUAUCAAGUGGCAAGGAUCACCCAGCGUGAAAACAAGCAGCACAAAGACAACACCAUUGCAUCUGAUCAAGAUGAUUUGGCUAUUGACACAUCCAGCAAGCUGUCUAGUCGAAUCUCGGAUACACCACCUGUAUUGACUUUGGAGACUGAAACAGAAUCCUUGGAUAUCAGCUUACCUGGAAGCAGCAACAUUGAAAAGAAGGCAUCACUUCUUUCGCUUGAUCAUACCACUACUAUGGGCGAUAGCGAUGACGAGCAGCACUCAAGGUUAUCAACAUCAUCAUUUGGUUCGAGAAGAGGAUCCCAUCGUAGCGCAAGAGUAUCGAUUGAUUCAAGCCAUGGACCAUUGGCUUUGGAUACUAUUUCCGAAUCACAAUCUCAUAUUGACGACAGUGGAUCUAUUGCAUCAAAGCAUGGCAGCUAUACUUCGCGAUCAUCUUCACGCCGUGGUAGUCAAAUGUCAUUGGAAUCGACAGCUAAAUCACGUCGUGAGACACAAACGUCAAUUGAAUCAUCCGUUGGAUCACGACGAGAUACUCAAAUAUCAUUGGAAUCUCUAUCAGCACACACUGAAUCAUGGUCAACACGAAAACCACGACGACAACCCAGCAUAUCGGAAACACCAGAAGAGGAAUCAAUGGAUUUGGAUGAUCAUUCAACUACUCAAUCACCUGCUAAAGAUUCCACUCCAAUUAUUGAUACAUCGACAGCUAUUCCUCCUCCUCCACCGCCACCACCACCUCCACCACCACCACCAGUUCUUCCAGCUGCAGCUAUAGCCAACAAACCAUCCACUGGUGGUUCACAAUCAUCAUCCGAUCCUUUGGCAGCAACUGUACCACCACCACCGCCUCCACCACCACCACCUCCUCCUCCUUCAGGUUCUUCAGCUCAUGUUGAUAUAGCCAAAUCAUCAUCUUCUUCUUCAUCACCAUUGGAGAACAAGGACACUAAUACCAAUGCUGAUGGUAAUGCUCCUCCUGCUCCACCACCUCCACCACCAGGUGCACCACCUCCACCAACCGCACCAGGAAUGAUUGCUGUACCACGUAAAACAAUGAAUCAUCUUCCAAGUGUCAAGACACGUGCAUUACAGUGGCAAAAGAUCAAUAUGGAUAAGCUGAAAUCAACAGUGUGGAGCGCUUAUACCGAUGAGAACGAUGCGGCUUUGGAGAAUCGCCUUGACAUGGAGGGUAUCUUUGCAAUGAUGGAAGAGACGUUUGCGCAAAAGGUGAUCAAUCGCAAAAUCAAGGACAAGAAAGAGCGUAAGCAAGAGAUUUGUAUUCUUGAUUCUCGCAAGGCCUACAAUAUCAAUAUUGCUAUCCUUGCCAAGCUCAAGCACAUUCCUUUCCCUGAAGUCAAGAACAAGAUUUUGGCUAUCGAUGAUCGUUUCUGUACAGAAGUUUUGCUCAAGAACUUGUUGAUCAAUGCACCCACUCCCGAUGAAAUGGGCAAGCUUUCCGUAUUUAUGAAAACAGCGCCUGAAGAAGAUAUCCAAAAUCUUUCCAAGCCUGAUGCAUUCUGUGCCGAGAUUAUGACAAUUCCCCGAUUCAAAGAACGCAUUGACAACAUGUUGUUCAGAUCCACCUUCACAGAGAGAGUUACACAAUUAGGAAAGAAUAUGGCCAACGUCAUGGAUGCCUCCACUUCGCUCAAGGAUUCAACAGCAUUCAAGGACUUUUUAAACCUUGUACUUAUGCUUGGUAACUUUUUGAACGGCACCAAUUUCCAAGGCGGUGCAUUUGGUAUCCGCAUUGCCAGUAUCAACAAGAUUGUGGACACCAAGUCAUCUUCCAACGAGAGCACGCUUUUGCAUUUCCUUGUCAAGAUGAUUGAAGAAAAGUUCCCCAACAUCAGUCAGGCUUUAUUGGAUGAUCUUAAAUUGUGUGGUGAAGCAUGUCGAGUCACUAUCCAAGAUCUUAUUAAGGAUUACAAUGAACUCCGUGUUGGCCUACAGAAGUUGACCCAUGAGCUUGAUCGGCACUAUACGGAUGACAAUGAUGAGGAGAUAGCUGCAAAUGAUCGAUUUGUCGAAGUGAUGACCUCGUUCCGAGAUUAUGCAAUUGAAAAGUUUGACCAAUUGGAAGUGCGUUAUACAUCGAUGGAUGUUGCAUACAAGGAUGUGGUGACCUACUUUGGCGAGAACCCACGAGAUAUGAAACCUGACGAGUUCUUUGGCAUAUUCAAGACAUUUACAUCCAGUUGGGAGCGUGCACGUGCAGAUUUGAUCGCACAGCGUAAGAAAAUGGAGCAACUUGAACGUGCCCGUCAAUUUGAAGAGCAACGUAAAGCACAUGCCAAGAGAGCAAGAAAGGAAGCCGCCGAACUUAGCGGAGAAGGUGGCAAUGAAGCUCAAGAGGCUAAAGAUAUCAUGGACAACCUAUUACAAAAGUUGCGUUCAGGCGAAUUAAGUUCGGCAGCCAAACGAAGAAGUCUCAGUCAACGGCGCAUGUCAGUGGCUGCAAGAAGAGAACGACGAAGAACACGUAGUGAAUCCGUUGCUAUCAAGGCCGAAGAUUUACUCAAGCACAUGCAAAGUGAGGAGGAACAACCGCCUUUACCCACACAACAAUCAUCAUCAUCAUCACCCGUACCGCCAUCAACAACAGGUACUCGAUCACGGAGUGGAUCUCGAGCACGUUUGGCAACUUCAGAGCGGAUGUUACGAUUAGCCUCCCUUGCCGAGGAUGCAGAGGAUAAGGCGUGA